AUGGCCCAGCACUUAUUUAUUUUUUGCCAUGUUUCUUGGGAACUGUGGACUAAGCUUAUAGGGUACUGGGGUAUUCAGUUAGCUCUACCACAAGACCCUCCCAACCUGCUCAGUUUGUGGGCUGAUUUGAGGCCUAAUUCUGCUAUAUGGAAGUUUAUUCCAGGGGCUGUUUUUUGGUCAAUUUGGAAGCUAAGAAAUGAGAUUAUCUUUGAGAAAGGAAAAUUGGACAGAAUUUUAUUGUUUUUCACUGUUCGUUUAAGAUUAGCCAAAUGGUUUAUAGCAAAGUAUCCCCUAUGCUCCAUUCGGGUAGACUCAUUAAUUGGUGAUCCUUCUUUGGCUGACAAAUUUUCUGCUUCUAAGGUUCCGAACAGCAUGGUGUACUGCUGGAAUCCUCCUCCGGUGGACUUUUUUAAGAUGAAUGAGGAUGGGGCUGUUUGUUGUGUUGGGAUGAUGGCUGGAAUGAGGAAUUCUCAGGGAUUGGAAUCGGAAUGGGUUUCGAAGGGUAGGCUAAUUAUCGAAAGCGACUCAAAGCUAGCAGUGGAUUGGAUCAAUAGCCAAGUUUCUGUCCCUCUGUUUCUGUCUAAUUUAGUUAAGGAAAUUGUGACUUCUGUUUCUCUAAAGCAGGCUAUUGUCAGGUGGAUUCCUAGGAGUUAUAAUUGUGAGGCUGACAAGCUAGCGAAAGAGGGAAUUGGGUGA